GUAGGCGUGUUGGUUUUACUAGUUGACGGCACAACGGCACCGGGACACUCAUCAUCGUUGAUGGCGUCCGUCGCCUGCGCUUUCUUCCAAUCCUGCCAAUGGCAUAUCUGCUUAUAUAUCGGCUCGACGCCGCCUUGACGUUGAGCUGAGAAGCGAUCGCUAGCAAGGCAAACGUCUCGGGCCAUGGGUCGGUAACAAACACCAUGUCUCUAUUUGGGUGAGUCUCCUCCCUCCCAGCAACGCCAUGUUUCAUCUUCGUUGAUGCCGGCCAUCCCAUCGAUAGAAGAGCAACCUUCUCCGCAGCCGGAUAUGCGGCGGCGCGGCCGUCGUAUCCCGCGAGCCUGUUCCGCACCGUGCUGUCGUACCACCACGCGCAGUCCGACCAGGGCACGCUCCUCGACCUAGGCUGCGGCCAUGGCCUCAUUGCGCGCGAGAUGAGCCCGCGCUUUGCGAGGGUCGUCGGCCUCGACCCGAGCGCCGGCAUGGUCGAGCAGGCCGCAUCCACUACAGACGACCCCAAAGUCUCCUUUCGCCAGGGCGGCGCCGAGGACCUCUCGUUCCUGGCCGACCGAUCUGUCGACAUGGUCGUGGCCGGCCAGUCGGCGCACUGGUUCGACUACGCCCGCGCCUGGCCGGAGCUGGCGCGCGUGGUCAAGCCGGGCGGCUCGCUCGCCUUUUGGGGCUACAAGGACAACGUGCUCGUCGGGCACGCGCGCGCCAACCGCAUCUUCGACCGCUUCUGCUACGCCGACGGCAGCGACGUGGCCGGGCCGGGCGUCGAGGGCAUGAACGCCUACUGGGAGCAGCCCGGCCGCAACAAGGUCCGCAAUCUCCUCCGCGAGGUGACGCCCCCGGCCGCCGAGUGGCGCGACGUGCGCCGCGUGCUCUGCGACGUUGGGCCUGAGGCCGCGGCCGACCAGCUGCCGGACGCGGAGACGGCGUGGAUGCGCAAGCACAUCAACCUGGGCCAGCUCGAGGCGUACGUCCGCACCUUCAGCGCGUUCCAGGGCUGGAAGGACGCCCACCCCGAGGCGCGGAGUAGGGCCGACGGUGGGGACGGCGACCUGGCGGACCUGCUGAUGGACCGCAUCGUCGAGUCGGAACCGCAGUGGAGCGCCAUGGGCGAGGCGUGGAGGGACGCCGAGGUCGAGACGGUCUGGGGCACGUAUAUCCUCAUGGCCAAGAGGAGAUGAUGGUGACGAUGGUGGGGUGAUAGAGUUGCUGUCAUUCCUGUCACAUACGAAAAUGCACUUACGUACGUACCAUUCAGUAGUUAACGCUAGUGUGUGCUCGUG